GAGAUGCACACAUGAGACGAGGAUAGUAGUGUCUGCUGUUGUGCAUACCACGAGGUGUCGCAUUUAUAUCAGAAGUCAGCGAACCUUCACAGCUGUCGUAAGCUCGGACCCCAGCGUUAUCAGUACCUCACGUUCGGUCUCGGAGGGCGCCGCGGUCUGCCGCGCUACAACCAACCCACAGAUUCGCCAUCCCCCACUUUCGCAAACAGCACCUCUACCUUCAAAUGGGUCUUCCUGUCCUGGACUUACUUCCUUACCUCAAGGAUACAGGGUAGCUUGGGCAAGAGACCUUGUGAUCUGCCAUCAUGGAAGACGAGCGCAUCGCCUACAACGCAGCCAUCGAGGCACUGCGCCUCCGCGAAUACCCCAUGCUUCAAGAUACCACAUAUCUGGAUCAUGCGGGUACUACGCUAUACGCCAAAUCCCUCAUCGAGCGUUUCUCCGCUGACAUGAUUGGCAAUCUUUACGGCAAUCCGCACUCGGCCUCGAACUCGUCGCAGUUGACCACGCGCCGCAUAGAAGAUGUCAGACUGCGUUUAUUGGCCUUGUUCAAGGCAGAUCCGGACGACUUUGAUGUCGUCUUUGUCGCCAAUGCCACUGCGGGUAUCAAGUUAGUGACGGAGGUGUUUCGGGACCAAGAGGAGGGCUAUUGGUACGGCUACCACAGAGACGCACAUACGAGCUUAAUUGGAGCACGGGAAACCGCCACACAACAUCGCUGUUUUACAACAGAUGCCGAGGUCAACGCUUGGGUCGAAGAGGAUGGCACGGCGAGCCCAAGGCUCGGUCUCUUUGCCUAUCCGGCACAGUCCAACAUGAAUGGGCGCAGAUUGCCCCUGGAUUGGACGCGCCACAUACGCACCAGGAAACAAGGCUCAGUUUAUACACUGUUGGAUGCGGCCGCCUUGGUGUCAACCUCGCCGCUUGAUCUAAGCGAUGCUAACAGCGCCCCUGAUUUCACCGUCAUGAGCUUAUACAAGAUAUUUGGAUUUCCCGAUCUGGGUGCACUGAUAAUUCGUAAGGCUGCAGGAUCGGUUUUUGAUAGGCGCCGGUACUUUGGUGGAGGUACAGUCGAGAUGGUGGUCUGCUUGAAAGAACAGUGGCACGCGAAGAAGGAAACCUUGCACGAGAGAUUGGAGGACGGAACUCUACCGAUUCACAGCAUCAUGGCCCUUGAUACUGCAAUGAGUGUGCACAAAGAACUAUACAACUCGCUUGAUGAAGUUUCCAACCAUACCGCUUUCCUCGCUUCGAAAUUGUACGAUGGCUUGACUUCGCUUAGGCACGGGAAUGGCACCAGCGUUUGCCACGUCUACAAAGACGCCUCGUCUACCUAUGGUGAUCCGAGCACACAAGGACCAAUUGUUGCGUUCAAUCUCCGCAAUCACUGCAGUGGCUGGGUGAGCAACGCAGAGGUGGAAAAGCUUGCAGCCGUUAGAAACCUCCAACUGCGGACAGGCGGCCUUUGCAAUCCGGGCGGUGUUGCAUCCUCGCUGGAUUUGGCGCCGUGGGAAAUGAAAGAAAACUUCUCGGCUGGACAGCGAUGUGGUAACGACAACGAUAUCAUUCGUGCCAAACCGACUGGCAUGAUCCGAGUUAGCCUUGGGGCUAUGAGCACACUCAAGGAUGUCACCCUAUUCGUUGACUUCCUGUCCGAAUUCUUCGUUGAAGAUACCCCGCCUCUACUAGUACCGCCAGUCGUCUCAUUGGACAUGAAGCCACCAACACAUAGUCGGCUGCACGUGGAGAGCCUUUCUGUUUAUCCCAUAAAGAGUUGUGGGGCGUUCGGCGUGCCGCCGGGCGUAGCAUGGGGAGUGCGGCGCGAAGGUCUAGCUUGGGACCGCGAAUGGUGUCUUGUUCACCAGGGAACCGGCGCAGCGUUAAGCCAAAAGCGCUACCCAAAGAUGGCUCUUAUUCGACCGAGCAUUGAUCUGGAAGCUGGCGUCCUACGUGUACAGCUAACAGGUCUGCUACGAUAUAGUACCUUUGCCAACGAGGUAACUGUGCCCCUGUCAGCGGACCCGAGCCUCUUCGCCAAAGAUUCCAUGUACAAGGACGGCAGUGCUCAGGUGUGUGGAGACCAAAUACAAGCGAAGACAUAUCGAUCACCUCAGAUAUCAGCAUUCUUUUCCCAGGCUCUGGGAGUGGCUUGUCACCUCGCUCGCUUCCCAGCUGUCGGGAACGGCAGUGGCCCAUUGGCUUGCGUCAGACACUCAAAACCUCAUUUGCAGAAGAGCCAGAGGUCUAGCAAGAUGCGCGUACCCGGCGCUUUCCCAGAAACAAGACCGUUGAUGCCGGGAAUGACGGUUUCGAAACCCAUUCUUCUGUCAAAUGAGAGCCCAAUACUGACAAUAUCGCGAUCAAGCCUUAACCGCCUUAAUGAACAGAUCAAGGCAGAGGGCGGCAAGGCGGCGCAGUCAGAGGUCUUCCGAGCCAACAUAGUGGUUGCAGAAAAUCCGCACUACCCGCCCGGGGCGGAACAGCCAUAUGCGGAAGACGAGUGGCGCUACCUACAGAUCGGCCAGCAAUACUUUGAGUUGCUGGGACCGUGCCGCAGGUGCCAGAUGAUUUGCGUGGACCAGCAGACUGCAGAACGCAAUCAGGAGCCUUUUGUCACUCUAUCUAAGACGAGGCGUUUCGAUGGUCGUGUGUACUUUGGGGAACACACCAGUCACCUGGCCCGAGACAGUCCGUAUCCAUUGGCCCAGGAAGCAGCCAUCAUGGUAGGUGACACUGUGCGGACAUACUUCGAAGAUGAAGCUUGUUACGACGAUGUGCUGCAUGCACUCAUAUCGUGAGAGCGUUUAGGCUUGGGUCUCUGGACUGGAGACCUAACUGUGCGGAACACAGCCCCAAUCGACCCAGCGGGUCGCGCUGGCCCCAUCUUACAUGAGAAAUCCUCCGCGCGUGGCUUUCCAUGGCGUGCAGGAUCGC